ACUUGAAUUUAGUUUUCAGUGGAGGAAAUGAUCCUCGGAGCGAUGAGAAUCUGCCUCUGGCAAACCUCCGGUCGCUGCAGGGCCUGAGGUGGAUGCGCCCUCCUCCAAGCUGGCAGUGAGGUGUGGGCAGGCCAGGUCCCAUCCGCUCGCAGGACCUCAAUUUUUUUGACUGCACCGGGAGAAGGGAGGUUCCCUAACCUUGUGAGCCUUGCUUGCCCGGGUCCGAGUGGGUAUGAGUCCUUAGGAUAAGACCAUGGCCCUGAGAGCAUGUGGCUUGAUCAUCUUCCGAAGAUGCCUCAUUCCCAAGGUGGACAACAGUACAAUUGAGUUUCUCCUGCUGCAGGCAUCAGAUGGCAUUCAUCACUGGACUCCUCCCAAAGGCCAUGUGGAACCAGGAGAAGAUGACUUGGAAACAGCCCUGAGGGAGACUCAAGAGGAAGCGGGCAUAGAAGCAGGCCAGCUGACCAUCAUUGAGGGGUUCAAAAGGGAGCUCAAUUAUGUGGCCAGGAAUAAGCCUAAAACAGUAAUUUACUGGCUGGCGGAGGUGAAGGACUGCAAUGUGGAGAUCCGCCUCUCCCAUGAGCACCAAGCCUACCGCUGGCUGGGGCUGGAUGAGGCCUGCCAGUUGGCUCAGUUCAAGGAGAUGAAGGCAGCACUCCAAGAAGGACACCAGUUUCUUUGCUCCACAGAGGCCUGACCUGACUGGAACAGAGUCAUUUGCUUCAGUAGGAUCCUUGUGGGCUUGUCAAGAUGAAGCCACCCUCAGGUCCAGGGAAGAUUGUGCUGGUAUGUGGCUCAUCACAGCCAAGAGUAGAUAGGUUUGUGAAAUCGGCUCAACUCUCAGAUGAGAGCAAGCAAAAAUCUCUGCUGAGCAGAAAGGAAGGCAAACGAGGAGUAAAAAUAAAAAAGGCCAGGCCCAGUAAAGUGUACCUUUUACUUUAUAAAUAAACCUCAACCAGCUCAAGGUUGUCCUUCUAA